AGAGUCACCGCCGGUAAUAACUCCUCACGACAACAAACCCGACACUGCCGAAGUUGAGAAGCAUCCCAUCGCCGCCAUUGUCAUCAUCAUUGCUAUGCAGACAGAGACGCUUUCGCUAGUGAACAGGCUCCAACUGACGGAGGAUCUCGACUCUGUGUUCCUAAGAGGAGUUCUUUGGGCGUGGUAUCGUGAUUCCAUUUGGAGAGGACACUACGCUUGGAGCUGUAGUUACUCUGAAGAAGACCCACCUACCCUUUUCCGUCCUCUGGCACGUGUCAGUGCGUUUAAUGUUUACAGUUCUCUAGAUGGCCCAGAAUAUGCGUUUUCCAUUUCCGCGGCCAGUUCCUAUGCAGGGGCCUUUGAUUCAAGCAUCAACACCUGA